UCUGAGAUAUGGAACAAGAGUUGAGAAACUUAAGGAAGGUAUGGAUCUCUGCUUUAGUCUCCAUCUGUCAUUGUUAUUUUAUCUCAUUUAGAAUCUCCAAAGGUGUUCUUCGGCUCAUCACCAUUCUUCCAGUCAGUAUUCUGUUUCUUGUUCUUCCUUUGUCCUUCUCUUCUGUGCAUUUUUGCGUUAUUUCAGCUCUUUUUUUCUCAUGGCUCGCAAAUUUCAAGCUUAUGCUCUUUGCUUUUGAUCAAGGACCUUUGUAUCCACUUCCUGCUAAUCUAUACCGUUUCAUCUGCUAUGCUUGUUUCCCCGUCAAAAUCAGACAAAACCCGUCUCCAAGUGGCAUCGCAAAUCGUCUUCGUAAGAACAAACCUAUCCCUAAAUUGGGUUUUGCUGUCAAUAUUUUGAUCUUUGGUGUCUUGCUACAUAUCUAUGAAUACAGCGACAGUUUACCUCGUUUUGCUGUUUUGAGCAUAUAUUGUCUCUAUAUAUACCUUGAGUUGGAAAUUGUUUUGGUCUUUGUCGGGGCCGUGGUAUCUACUCUUCUUGGCUGUGACAUCGAGCCGGUUUUCAAUGAGCCCUACCUAGCCACCUCUCUACAGGACUUUUGGAGCCGCAGAUGGAACCUUAUGGUUUCAGCUGUCCUACGAUCAACCGUCCACAUUCCGGUUCAGCGUUUUUGCACACGCUUUCUCGGUCCAGACGCAGCUGUGUUAGUAGGUGUCAUGGCCUCGUUCCUUGUCUCGGGUUUGAUGCACGAGUUGAUCUACUUUUACGCAAUCCGUCUGCCUCCAACUUGGGAGGUCACUUGUUUCUUUGUGUUGCACGGUGUAGCCACUACCACAGAGAUAGCGGUGAAGAGAACUCUGCGGUGGAGACCACCGCAUAGGGCAGUUUCAGGUCUCGGGGUUCUAGCGUUGGUGAGCGUUACUGGCGUUUGGUUCUUCCUCCCUCAACUGCUGAGAAAUAAUGUUCAUGAAAGAGCGAUUAGUGAAUGUUUGUUGGUUAUUGACAUUGCCAAACGCACGUUGUUCAUUUCUUCUUCGUGAUCUUUUUUUUUUUUUUAUAUGGUUAUCUAUAUAUAAUAGCAAACCCA